CAGAUGUUUGAAGGACUUGUUGUUGACAAUGUUGUUAAUAAUUGAUGUGAUUUAUUUACAGAGACCUUGUUUUGGCUGACUGUUCUUUUAAAAAGCCAGCUGAGUCUGUGAUGAUAAAACAUUCACUAUGGCUGUUGGUGGGACUCAUGUAAGCAAAAGGCUACUAUUAGCCUGCUUCCUCUUUCUCUCUGCCUAUGGACAGACCUCAGGACCUGUUUUCAUGGUGACGUUUCCUGCGGUGAUUGAGUCUGGCUCUGAGGCUAAACUGUGUGUGAGUCUCCUGAAGCCGAAUGAAACUCUACAGCUCACUGUUUACCUGCUUUACAACAACCAGAACAGAACACUUCUACAGGAGAGAGUGGCGGAAGAAUUUCACCGCUGCUCUCAGUUUAAGGCUCCUCGGGUUGAAGCUCAGUCAGUGCAACAGAUCAGAGUAGAGGUCAAAGGUAAACAUUUUCUGAUGGCAGAAACAAGAAAAGUUAUGUUUAAAUCCUACAACCCGCUGACAUUCAUCCAGACUGAUAAACCAAUCUACAAUCCAGGCCAAACAGUGAAUUUCAGAGUUGUCACCAUGGACUCUAAACUUAUCCCCCUUGAACAAAAGUACAGCACACUGGCUCUUGAGGAUAAUAAUGGUAACAGGAUCGGGCAGUGGACGAAUGUUUCCUCGACAGACCUGAUAUUGGAGCUUUCUCACCAGCUGAACUCUGAGGCUCCUGAGGGCCAGUACACACUAAAGGCUAUUACUGGGGAUAGGUCGAUUACACACCACUUUACAGUGAAAAAAUAUGUGUUGCCCAGGUUUGAGAUUACAGUAAACGCUCCAAAGGAACACAGUGUUGGUGAAGAGGAACUGAAGAUAGACGUUUGUGGAAAGUACACGUAUGGACAGCCAGUUUCUGGCAAAGCACUCAUUCUGGUGUGCCGACCAUUUAAAUCAAGAAGUCCCAUUUAUAGCAUACCAUUUAUAGACCCUCAGACUCUACUAUGUCGCACUAAAACGCUGGAGAUGAGUGAUGGUGGCUGUGUUUCUGCUACCUUCACUGUGUCUACUUUCACAAACACAGAGCUAGAACAUCAUUUAAAAGAUUUUCUUGAUGCUAAAGUUACAGUGACAGAGGAAGGGACAGAUAUUUCCAUGGUGAAAUCUGAAACUAUAAGUCUCACUUAUCAGAUUGGUAAAGUUGAAUUACUUGACUUACCUAAAUACUUUGAAUAUGGGACAUAUAUAGAUGGAAAGAUCAAAGUUUUAACCUUCAGUGGGAAACCUGUUCCUCACAGGAGUGUCUAUCUUUUUAAACAUCAAAUGUGGCAAUGGAAUGAACAUCUUACUCUCACCACUGAUAUUAAUGGAUUGGCCAACUUCACAAUUAAAGUGCCUGAUCAACCUGCAACAGAAAUUUCACUGAUGGCAAGUGUCUAUAGAACUCACAGAUACCAUAGAUCCAAAGAACAAUACUUUACAUCCAGUAAUGCAGUAUACCACCUCCAACCUGCUACACCUUACAGUCCAGUGAGCAGUGAAUUAUCAAUAGAGGACUUAGAAGACCCAAUCAAGUGUGACUCUAAUGUUUCCAUAAGCGUUAAGUACUACAUUAUUGGAGAGAAGACUAAGAAUUACAGCACUGAUCUCAUUUACAUGGUCGUCUCCAGAGGAGUCAUAGUCCAUCACGGCUAUGAAAAGGUUGAAGUGAAAGAGUCCAGAAGACUCAUAGAGGGAAGAGUCUCCUUCAAACUGUCUGUGGUUCCUGAGAUGGCUCCUGUAGUGCAGGUUCUGGUGUAUGGAGUACUGCCCAGUGAGAACGUCAUUGCUGCUAGCAAGAAUUUUAACGUGGAAAAAUGUUUUAGAAACAAGGUAUCGCUGCAGUUCUCUCCUACUGAAGCAGUUCCUGGUGAGGAAAACUCUCUCCAGCUCUCAGCUCUGCCUGGUUCACUGUGUGCUCUCAGUGCUGUGGAUCAGAGUGUGUUCACCUUGGAGCCAGGAAAACGCCUGAGUGCUGACACGAUGAUUGAUUUGUUGCCUGUAAAAUCAGUUUCUGAUUUUGCCAGUGGUGUUGAAGAUGAUCCGAAGUGUCAUCAAGAGCAGAAUGCACAAGGAGAGCGUGUGUACACUACUGUGAAGAGUGUGGGGUUGAAGAUUGCAACUAAUUUGGAUGUGAACUCUGCGUGUGAAUAUGUUUCUUAUGAUUAUGAUUAUUUUGCAUAUAUCGUACCUACUUCCCUUGAUUAUGGUGUGGCACGCGUUGCAACUGUGACUGAAUCUCAUGUAGAAGAAGAGGAACAGCCCAUCAAUCCCAGUGAGACGGUUCGCAAAUUCUUUCCAGAAACGUGGAUAUGGCAACUUGUUAAAGUCAGUGAUUCUGGAUCAGCUCAGGUUCCUGUCACUGUUCCUGACACCAUCACCACUUGGGAGAUGGACACUUUCUGUCUGUCCUCUAGAGGUGUGGGAGUGGCUCCUGCUGCUCAGCUUCGUGUCUUCCAGCCCUUCUUCCUGGAGCUCUCUCUGCCCUACUCCAUCAUCCGGGGAGAAGAGUUUGAGCUGAAGGCCACUGUCUUCAACUAUCUCUCCAAGUGCAUUAUGGUUAAAGUGACUCCAGCUCCUUCCUCAGACUACACUCUAAAAGCCUCCUCCUCUGAUGAGCAGUAUUCAUCCUGUCUGUGUGCAAAUGGUAGAAAGACCUUCAGAUGGACUCUCGUGCCCUCUGUGCUCGGGGUCUUGAACGUGACGGUCAGUGCUGCAGCAGAACCGUCACAGACUGUGUGUAACAAUGAGAUUCUGAGUGUUCCUGACAGAGGACGCAUUGACACAGUCACACGAAGUCUGCUGGUACAGGCUGAAGGCACUGAACAGACCAAGAGCCAGAGUUGGUUGCUUUGUCCACAGGGAAACAGUGUUUCAGAGGAGCUGACUCUUCCUGAAGACGUGAUAGAGGGAUCAGCACGAGCUUCUGUUUCAGUGCUUGGAGACAUUCUGGGCCGUGCACUAAAGAAUAUUGAUGGGUUGUUGAAGAUGCCGUAUGGCUGUGGAGAACAAAACAUUGCUCUCCUCUCUCCCAAUAUCUACAUUCUUCAGUACCUGGAAAGCACUGAACAGCUGACCCCAGCCAUCCGAGAGAAAGCUACUGGCUUCCUUAAGAGCGGAUAUCAGCGGCAACUGAACUACAAGCAUAUCACUGGAGGGUACAGUACAUUUGGCACAGGAGAGGAAAACACGUGGUUAACUGCUUUUGUAAUGAGGACUUUUGGGAAAGCACAGCGGUACAUCUUCAUUGAUCCAGAGAACAUUAACAGUGCAAAGAAAUGGCUGAUCAGUAAACAGAAAUCAAACGGCUGUUUUGUUAGACAGGGAAGUCUGUUCAACAACAGAAUGAAGGGUGGUGUAAGUGAUGAUGUGACCAUGACUGCUUACAUCACUGCCUCAUUGCUGGAACUGGGCCAAACAGCUGAGGAUCCUGUUGUGAGGAAAGGCUUAUCAUGUUUAAAGCUCUUUGUUAAUAGCAGGAAAACCACUUAUACUACUGCCCUGCUGGCCUACACUUUUACCCUGGCUGGAGAGAAUGAAAUCAGAGGGCAGCUGCUAAAGCAACUGGAUAGAAGUGCCAUUUCAGGAGAUGGUCGUCUUCACUGGUCUCAGUCUGCAUCUGAAGACUCUGACUCCUUGUCAGUGGAGAUCAGCUCCUACGUGUUGUUAGCUGUUCUCUCUACAGAUAAACUCUCUGCUGCUGAUUUGGGCUAUGCUAACAGGAUUGUCAGCUGGCUGGUGAGGCAGCAGAAUCCCUAUGGAGGCUUCUCCUCCACACAGGACACAGUGGUGGCCCUCCAGGCUCUGGCUCUGUACUCCACCAAAGUGUACAGCUCAGACGGCUUCAGCACAGUAACUGUGCAGUCAGCAGAUAAAGAGACUCACAGCUUUGAAGUGAAUCAGAACAACAAGUUACUGUACCAGGAGAAAUCCCUACAAAAUGUUCCUGGAGAAUACAGUGUUAUAGUGAAUGGCUCCAACUGUGUGUCUGUGCAGAUGGCACUUUUCUACAAUAUCCCUACACCUACUGACACCAGUACAUUGAGCGUUAAGGCUAAGACUGAAGGAGACUGUAAAAAAAAUCCCCAAACUUUAGCCAUCAACUUCACAGUCAAAUAUAUUGGGCUACUGGACAGCACUAAUAUGGUCAUAGUGGACAUAAAGAUCUUAUCAGGAUUCACAGCAGACCCUAGCACUCUAAAAGGCAUGCCACUUGUGGAACGUGUAGAUUCUAAAGAUGACCACGUUAUCAUGUACAUAAAUAAGAUCCUAAAGAACAAACCUCUGAAUUAUCAGCUACAUAUUAAGCAAUUGCUUCCAGUCAAAAACCUCAAACCUGCCGUGAUCAAAGUUUAUGAUUACUACCAACCAAAUGACCAGUCUGAGACGGAGUACUCCUCUCUCUGUGCAUAAGCCUACACCUCUGCAGCUUCACAGACACAGAAAGGGUUUUACUCUGUGUUGAUAUUGAUUAAUCAAUUGAAAUAAAUGUGAUUUGCAAGCAA